AUGGAUUAUAUCAUCAAAAUGCUGAAAAAGAGGGUUAAUGGGUUGAAUUAACUGAAAAUGAAUAGAUGUAAAAACUUAUUAUAGACAUAAAGCAAAAAUUAAGUUUUGUAUAUUGGAAAAUAUAAAAACGGCAUAAAAAAUGGAAAAUGAGAUUUUUGUUUCGUUUUGAAUAUGGUGAUGAUUUUAACUUUUGU